AUGGCCAAUAACUUGACCCAGCUUCCAUAUCAAGCAUGUCUUGUCCAGAAUAUUCCACAGGAAACCCAGCAUCAACUGCGAGACUUCACCAACUACGGUGUACGACCAAUGGGCAUGCUCUUGGCCGUAAUUGGGUUUUUUUGUAACGCGCUUGUGGUGUUCACCGUAACGCGAAAUAGAUCGUUGCAAAGUCCUUCAUUUUUGAUGCUGUGUAGUUUAUCAGUAACUGACUUGUUGUAUACCUCAUACUCUAUCUUUAGAGAUGUAUCGGCGAUAGCCGACAAAUACAUGUGCCCACCUUCGGGUGGUUCUGGUGUAUCCUCGCGCUUAUCUCACGCGACAUCUAUUCUGUGUUUGUAUGCCACGCUUGCAAACUUGGCAUUGAUAAGUAGAGAUCGAUACCUAGCAGUCAGAAAACCCUGGUGGUAUCGCAGUAACGUGACUAGAUACCGUGCUAUUGUCAAGAUUCUCGUAAUAUGGGUGAUAUGCAUUUUGGCGGUACUUCUGGCAGAGUUAGAUAUGAUUCCUUACGGAAAUGUUUCUGCUCUUUUAUUUUAUCUUAUUUGCUUCCUUGUUAUCAUUAUCUCUUACAUAGGCAUAUUCUCAAAGAAAAUGAAUCCCACAGAAACUCAAUUGCGCCCUUCAUUGGAAAGGGAGAGGAGAAUCGCAAUCACUGUGGGGAUAAUCCUCGUGGUAUUGUUCCUGACGUUUCUCCCAGCUCUUAUGUCUCCGCUUAUUUUGCACUUGUUAGGCAUAAUGAGUUUAAGCGCUUACAGGCCUUUUUACACAUUCUUCCUCCAGCUUAAUGCAUUCUUAAAUCCUUUGCUGAACUUUGGUAGGAGUAAAGACAUGCGCACAGGGCUAAGAAAACUAAUUAAACUUUCUCGCCAAAUUCAGCCCCAGGCCGGCUCUUUCAACCGAGGCCAGAAUCCACAUACUUCUGAUUCUGCUACCAUGGGAACGGAGAGAGCAUCUUAA